AUGUGGUCUACUCAAAAUACAAAUCGAGAAAAUUUACUCUUCAACGGAGCGAGCAACAGUACUGGUAACAAGGGCGAGACUCGUUUCAAAAAUGACAAGUCAUCCUCCCUUCUAACACAACGAGAAAUUGAAGCGUCGACAGCAAGAACAUAUGAACAGCAAAAUGACUCUAGCUUAGAAGAACUUUCUUCUAAACUUUCUGUCUUGCAUAAGAUCAAUGUUGAAAUCUAUGAUGAAGUAAACAAUCAAGUAAACUUAAUUGACGAAACUGGCAUCUCAUACACGUCAUUAAAAGGCACACUAACAAGCACAGUGGGUCGAAUGCGUAAUAUGACUUCAAUUAGACACAAAAGAUAUUUAUG